AUGCCACGAAGUUUCAUGGAGAGCCUAGAGUCCUUCGCCGCAGAGACCGGCGUCAAGUUCGAGAUCGACGGGCGCCUGGCGGACGUCGAAGCUGGGCCGGCGAGGAUCAUCUUCGUCACGCGUACUGCGAGCGUGCAUGCGUCCAUGCUUCACGACGUCGAGGUCACUGUGCGGGAUGUGACCGGUGCGACGCUGGCGAGACAUCGUCUAUCCCCCGGCACGGCGUUCCUGAAGGUGAACAUCGCGUCGGUGCCAGGGCCUGUGAUCAUCGGUAUAUGGCAAACAUUCGGGAGCGUCGUUGAGAUGGUCGAGAUCCCAAGGCGAGGGAUACGCGCGAGGUCGGAGAACACGGAGAAGACAGAUGUGGCGGUCGCGAACGCGCUCAGCGUUAGGCCGCGAGACAAAGGCGCGCUGCAGGUCUUGCAUACGCUGCUUGCGGGGAUCACGGCAUCGUUGCAGGCAAUGAUGACGUUCCCGGAUCAGGCGUGGGAUUGGGAGAUAUGCCCGGAGACCUGUGAUGGGAGGGGACAGGCGACGGGGAUGAGCGCUCGCGCUCGCGGGCUGCCAGUGGUUUGA